GUUGCACUUAAGAUACACGACGGAGUGAUUUUUAGAAAAAGAAAACACGAGAAUAAAAAUCCACCUAAGUUUCCAACUUUCUGUCUUUAUAAGAUUCGUGAUAGUGGUGUGGGGACAAAUUUCUUGCAUUUUGUAAAGAUCAGGAUGUGGGGCUCACGGCGGGUGUGACCGGUCAACAGGGGGUGCUUACUCCUCCUGGGCACCUGAUCCCACCUCUGGUGUGUCCGGGGGUCCGUGUUUGCCCAGCUAUUUAUUUUGUAUUGCUUGUGGGAGUUAUGAGAUUGAUCACUGUUCGUUGUCUUCACCUUGCAUCUAUAAAUCCAGAAUGAACGAUGCAGAAUUCACGAUGGUGGACAUAACCAGAUUUUAUUUCUUUCAAUCAUUGUGUCUGCUUGGGAUGAUUUGGAACAUUGAUCAAGGACGAGUAGAGGCUGUGGACUUUGACCACUUCAUAUUGGUGUUUCAGUGGCCUGUGACAUUUUGUGAAAAUAAAUUGUGCAGAAAACCACUGCCGGGUUAUUGGACCAUCCAUGGAUUUUGGCCCUCUAAAUCAGAUGGUUCUCCCGUUGACAACUGCUCCAACAUUCCUUUUAAGGAAAAACUAAUACCACUGGAAACUAGAAACCACAUGAACAGAGUUUGGCCAGAUCUUCUGAGCAGGACAGGAAACUCCUCAAAAUUUUGGGCGCAGCAGUGGAAGAAACACGGAACAUGCGCUAACGUGUCCGGCACAAGGACGGUGGCGGAAUAUUUCAAUACGACCAUUCAGCUGGCCAGUAACUACAAUAUUUCUCAUAUACUGCAGAAUAGUCAAAUAAACCCAGGGAAAUCAUUUCAGAUGCAGGAAAUAGAAGAUGCAAUCGAAAACGGAACAAGCCACCUUCCCUACAUAAAAAUGUGGAAGAAAAGGACCCUCUGGUUGUGGGAGAUCCGAACUUGCUUUAAUAAGACCUUCCACGGAAUUGACUGUCACAAGAAAAAUAUUUACCACGGAAACGUGCUGUACCCACGUCAUCACACAUCCGGACGUAGCAACGUGAUGCCCCCAAAUGGACAAAGGCGGUCAUCAGUCCCACUCGUUUCACUGCUCUCCGUUAUCAUCACCAUUCCUAUAUUUUUUACUUAAAUUUGGAGAAGAUAUAUAUAAUUAUUGUGGUGAUAAAAUCAAUAAACUGCAGGAAAAAGUUUGGAAGGUAAAACUUUCCAAACAAAUGGGAGAAGGUUUUCAAAGGGAUAAAUCAGUACAAUACAUCUUUUGACUUUAUUUUAGCCAUGCACUGCCUAGAUAGCUUUUAAUCAACGUGUUUUGUCUCUUUGUCUGUUAUCAUCGCUGUUUUCUAUGUUCGACUUCUCCAGGAUAAUUGGACCAGAAAAGGACAUGAAAGGAGAAGAUAACGAACAGUGAUCAAUCUCAUAACUCCAACAAGCAAUACAAAACAGGGAGUCGGACAAACAUGAACCCCUGGAUAUACCAGAGGUGGAAUCGGGUGCCUAGGAGGAGUAAAUAUUCCCUGUCGACCGGUCACACACGCUGUGAACCCUAUGUUUUGCCCAAUCGAAUGUUGGGUCGCACCAUUGCAAGGACAAAUAAUUAGAUAAUACCGCACAUCAGGUCUUUUGGUAAAUUUUCCUCAUCCACCAAAAAGUCAACAUUUCCUCUGCGUCUAUUUACUGGAUAUAUGCGGUAGUGAAAAUUUAACAAAUGUUCGUAAACAGGAGAUGCUUACCUCCUCCUAGGCACCUGACCCCAUCCGUGGUGUGUCCAGAGGUUCGUGUCUAGCAGGAAUAAGCAUCCCCUGUUGACCGGUCACAUCCGCUGUGAGCUCUAUAUCUUGAUCAGGUAAACGGCGUUAUCUAUAGUCGUAUCAUUAAUUGACUCUAACUUGAAAUACUGUUGUGAUUGUGGGAGAAACAGUUACAGAAGUAUACACACGCUAUCUCUGAAGUUCCACUUUUAUCUAAGUAUUUUUUUGUUGUUCAUAUUUUGUAUUUUUACACUGCACCUUUCAUAUUGUUUCCAAAAUCACCAAAUGUCAAUGAAUGUUGUAGGAGUCAUGAACUUUGAUACAGACACUGUUGUGCCCGUUCCAAAAAUGUUUCUCCCGUUUUUGUUCAUCUGUGUUUCUAUUUUUGUCAUCUGCCAUUAGACGAUAUAUACAACGAUGUUUCGAAAUGUUAUAAAACUAAUAAAACUGUGUAAUGUU